AUGAGAACUUCAUUUCUACGUUAUGCCAAGAAGGCUGUUUCUCAGCCACUUUCAAAUAAACCUAUGCCAGGGUCGGUUUCAGAACCAGUUUCUUCGUAUGAAAAAUUUUGUCCCUUGGCCACUCCCACUCACGUCGAAGGUAUUUGGAGAGCUCCCAGGUCUCAAGGCUUCACAAAGGAACAGUUCGAUAGGGCCUACCCAGAUUCUUACAAGGGAAUGAAAAUAGGUCUGCCGACGCCAGGUACAUUUGCCGCAGACCACGUUGAUCCGAAGUUCGACGAGAUUUCACCACUAGUGUGGACUUGUAUUCUAAUGUCACCUCUGAUUGUCUGGGCCAUUUACGAAUUCAAGGAGGAACACUUCCCUUCAAAAACUGAACAUCAUUAA